AUGCCUGCAGAAAAAGUAGAAGCAUACAGAACCUUCAUGGAGCAUAUCAAAGCUUUACAAGUCAAUAUGCCAUUUGUGGAAACAAUGCUCCAAACACCCAAGUACUUCAACUUGCUCAAAAGCCUUUUCACUGCUAGGAAGGAUUUGGCUGAAGUCGCUGAAAUAUUGAUGAAUGAGCUGCCUGAAAAGAAGAGUGAUCCGGGAAAUAUGGUAAUUCCAUGCCAAUUUGGUAAUGAAGUUUUUACCCAAGCAUUAGCUGAUUCAGGUGCAAGUAUUAACUUGAUGCCCUAUUUCUUCUAUAAGAAGCUUAACUUACCAGCACCAAGGCCGGUCAAUAUGAGAAUUCAUUUGGUGGACAGAACGAUAAUUCAUCCACAAGGUAUUUGUGAGGAUCUCCUUAUCAAAGUGGACAAGUUUAUUUUCCCAGUAGACUUCGUGGUGGUGGAUAUGGAAGAGGACCCCGCAAUACGCGUGUGCGCUAAUUGA